AACGUAUUCCACAAGCGAGUGGCCCAUACAAGCGAGUGGCCCAGCUCAUUUUACUAGUAAAAGAGACGACGGCAUAUCGGCCUCCAGAAUGGCAGGCUUGCCAACCGUGCACGCUCAUUGGUCGAUUCCCAUGGUCCGAAGAUUUUCCGGCUGCUCUGCCCAAUCCGCCUGCUUCGACGUCACAUAUAAAACGCGCAUUCCACCAUUCCUUCUUCUGCCGUUUUAUUUCGUCGCUCUCGUCUUCUUCCCCUUCCCCUCUCCUCUCAAACCCCUCAACAACUGCGGCCACCGAGAAUCUACGACCGCUCUUCAUUCUUCGCUUGCUCCCUGCUCCCCCUGCGUCUCUGGUUUCGCUGCGUUCCUUAGCCGCCGCACUCCCUCCGGAUCGCCGUCCCAAGUGUUGCACUCUCUCUAUACAGCGCUGCAGUCCCUUCUGCUGGUCAUUUCAUUCUGGAGGAGCUCGUCUGCCUGGAUUACCAGGUACACCUCCCGUUUCCCUAGACCGUUUCUCUCCCUCUCGAGCGUGAGACUGACCAUCUCCCAGAAUCCGAAUCCAACCUCCUCCCUCUCCACGCUCCUGCCCAAGUUCAGCAGAUGGCCGACCAUCUCGCUCACGUCCUUCUCGCGAGCUCGGGGUGGCCCACAUACACCCCGGCAUUGGGGGCCGCUGAUCCCGUUCGGUCACGCCGAGUCCAGCGCCUCAGUCCACCGUCAUCCUCAAUCCGAGUCAUGGAAGUCGGUCACAAGGUCCACGGCUUAUAUCGAUCCUAGAUCCCUGUAUCAUUAUUUUGGUCGCUUUGCUGCCUACGUGGCAUUGCCGGGCUCGUGGGCUGAGCCGGUCUAGAUGAGGUGCAUGUGGGGGAGGAAAAGCAAGGCAAGGGCGAGGCGAGCAAUGGCGGUCGCGUUCAUGCUCAAGGAGGGCCACGAGAGGGUGAUAGGGCGAGACGGUGAGACGGUGAGGCGGCGAGAGGCACACGCAUGGUACGCUUCCAUCUUUAGCUCCUUGGCUUCCUGGAAGUGGUUGGUGAGUUGGGAAUCCAUCUGACACUCGGCGAUCCCGAAGGAUCUCCAAGAAAGACCUACUCAUCUCGCCUAGGCAGCAGCUGGAGUGGUCGAGAGGAUAGGUAUGGUUGGAGUGCAGGGGAUUGAAAGGGGCGGAGGGACUCGCUCCAAAUCUGGGACGUUAUGGAAUG